AUGGUGACCAAACAAAUAGUCCGAUAUGGCGAUUGGGAGAGCCCAAUCACGCUCGAAACCGUAACCUCUAAGAGCUGGUCUGUGUCGUCACCUCGAGUCCAUCGUCAAUCGGGGCGGUCGUUCUUCAUCGAGUCCAAGGAUGACGGGCGCAAAGUUUUCGUCGAGGUCAUUGAGGGCGGUGGCCUGAAGGACCUGCUGCCAGCGCCUUACAGCGCCGGCAACACAGUCUAUGAGUAUGGUGGCUCCCCCUACGACGUGACCGCCGAUGGAUCCAUCAUCUUUUCCAACCGGGACGAUACCGUCAAGAUACUCGACCCGGACACUGGCAAGGUGUCGGAUCUGACCGGCGACUCGAAGCUGCGAUACUCAAACUUCAGCGCCAACCCCACAAACCCCUGGGUUCUGGCCAACCAAGAGGAUCACACAAUCAACACUCCCCAUGGGAUCCGGAACUACGUCGUCGCUAUCAAUGCGGAUACUGGCGAUGUCAAGCGUGUCGUUGAGGGUGCUGACUUUUAUUACACCCCGCAAUUCAGUGCCGACGGCAAGAGGCUGACUUGGAUGGAGUGGGAUCAGCCUGAUCUGCCAUUCGCAUCGGCCAAAGUAUUCAUUGCCGAAUGGACGUCGGCAGCGACUGUCGAGAAUGCGACGUUAGUUGCGGGCAACGACAGAGAGGGAGCUGCCGAACCUCGAUGGGGCCCCGAUGGGAGUUUGUUCCUCGGCAUUGAGGUUGACGGUUUCCGGCGACUGUUUCGUCUCGCUCCAGGUGCGGAAAAGCCCACACAAAUAAAAUUGGCAGGACUGGAGACUGCUGAGAUUGGGGAGAUUCGAUGGUUUCAGGGAAGUCAAACAUAUGCACCACUGUCAAACCGCUACGUAGCUGCGGCUGCCGUGGUUUUUGGCGAGGCAAAGCUGAUUCUUAUCGAUCUUGAGAAGAACGAUUGGAAACCCAUCGGACCAUCCAACAUUUGCGGCAUUGUUAAUGACGCGAUGGCUCGCUUGGACGAGAAAUCGUUGCUUCUUGUUGCGGACGAAUCCAGCUCUCCGUCUGCCUUGUACAAAAUCGAUUUUGCCAGUGGGAACACGACGAUUCUCCGAGGAACUACAAACGAGACCCUGGACACAUUACUCUUUUCGAAGCCGGAACUCGUAAAGUUUCAGUCAAAGGGGACGCCAUCUCGCACGAUAUACAGCACCCUGUGGAUGCCAACGAACCCAAAAUUCCUCGGUCCGGAUGGUACGCGACCUCCUCUGGUCAUCUCCUCGCACGGUGGACCAACGGGCUACACCGGCUCUGGUCUCCAGUUACGGACUCAAUAUUUCACUGCACGUGGCUACGCCCAUCUAGCGUUAAACUACACGGGCUCGACGGGACACGGCCGAGAGUACCGCGAAGCACUCUUUGGUAACUGGGGCAUCGUCGACGCUGACGAUGCCGCCGAAGUCGCGAAGCACCUGGUCGAAGCAGGCAGAGUCGGCAAGGUGGGCAUUGUCGGUGCAAGCGCCGGAGGGUACAAUGUCCUCCAGGCCCUGGUCCGCCACCCCACAAUCUUUGACGCCGGAUUCUGCGUGUGCGGUGUGAGCGAUGUGAAGAAGCUAAACGAUUCCACGCACAAGCUCGAGUCUGAGUACAUGGGAGCGCUUGUUCUUGAUCCGGGCAUGACGGACGAGCAAAAGGAAGAAAGAUACCGAGAGCGAAGCCCUCUCUACCAUGCCGACAAGAUUGGGGCACCGCUAUUCCUCCUUCACGGUGUGGCGGAUACCGUGGUACCGAUCGAGCAAGCCCGACUCAUUUACCGAGCUGUCAAGGACAAGGGAGGGGAUGUGAGGAUCAGGGAGGUCGAGGGCGAGGGCCACAUGUUUGGUAAGCCUGGAAGCCGUCGGCUUUGGCUGGAAGAAGAAGAGGCUUGGUGGAGAUCAUACCUGAUCUGA